GGCAGUGAGCUUGGAAUCUACACAUUGGAGUAUGAAUGGUCACUGGGAUGGUCUUUUCUGUGCUGGUACGCACAUCUUCAAUUCGACUAUCCGUUUUGAUUCUUUGGUUGUUACAUAUUCCGUGGUUGAUAUUUUGUAUUGAUGUGCGAAGAUGUCAUACCUUUCAAUGUGCACCUAGACAUUUGUAUGUGAGCUUGGCACAUGGUUUUUUGGGUUUUCAUGAUGUACAUAUUAGUUCUGUUCCUUUACGGCCACUGGCUAGACAACGUAAUGGCGUGCCUGUAUUAAGCGCUGCUAAUGAUGACACAGUUCAGGAACUUGGUCAAUUGGCUCAAGAAGGCAACUAUUCCUCGGACUCCGAUCAAUAUGAAACUAGUUCAAGGUACUACAAUGAUGGCGCAUCUGAGGAUACAGAUGACCAAAGGUCACUAUCUGGGUUAUCUGAUGAUGCUAUGUUAUCCCAAACUACUAGUGGUAUUCAAAUAGAUUCAAAUCAAGCUCCUUUUGACACUAAUGACGAUGACAGCGAUAUCUCUAACGGGUUACCCGUUGAGACCCAUGAGGCUAGCGUUGACUCCAUGGUUGAGCAUGCUUUUUCCAAGGAGUCUCUUCCUGCCAAUUUAUGCAUAAUGGUCCCUCACUGUCGUGAGAAGUUGGAUUUUUUAUCUUCGACCGUACAGCGUUUGGUUAAUUACACAAGUGAACCUCGCAAUGCGCCACAUAUACUUUAUGUCUUAAGGAGGAUAAAGAACAUCCACGGCUUUGGUUAUCGUUACGACCGUUUUUGGGAUCGUCUUGGUAGUUGUAACAUGCUCAACUCCAGCUGUAUUAAUAUCCAUCCUAACAGUUUAAUGACCAUUGCUGAUGUUGACACACUAUUUCGUGUUUACAGCAUUUUGAACACUAGUGACCUUAGUGAUCCCUGUGCUGUUAUCUCUAGGAUCAGGCAAUCGUUUGCUAACCGGCUUAAUUGUAAUCCUAAGAUGGAUUUUAUGCUGUCUAAUGAUGAAGUUACAGAUGAGAAUGCAUCUGUAUUUUUGGGCAUUCUUAAACCGCUAUUGGAUUCCUUUUUCAUACCACAUUCUGAUUUGCCUAGCCGUACGUAUCUCGAUGAUGACAUACCUCUUCAGAAGGAAUCCUUGUUAUCUCAAUUGCAUUGGCAGCGUUCGUCCUACCUCUCUCCAGAUUUAGCGGCAUCACGUCUGAUGCUGGAUGAACCUCAGAAACGUAUUUGUAUAAUGGACGGUUUUGUUCUGAAUGGAAUACAGGACGAUCUCGAGUGGAACGGCGGCACAUUUGACUUUUUGGUGACUACUUUGCGUCCUGGAUGCCAGGUUAUUGCAUUAUCUCCUAAGGUCUUCAAUCCUCAGAACUUGGCUCAAUGGCUUCGUAGGUACGUGGGUCCCAUGCAGUUUGUCAUGGGUCGCAAGUUUCCUGAGGUCCGUGUAUUUUACAAUGGGUAUAAUUUCGACCCCUUUGAUAGCAUGCAACCAUUCCGUUAUGCCAAAACUGCUUUAGACACUCUGGAAAAAACUCUUAGUGGUUCUUCUGGGUCUUUACAGCAAUUAUUUCAAAGUGACAUCACCAAUCUGUCUCCAACUAAUUACCCCUUUAACCCGCAGUUUGAGUUAAUGGCUAAAUCUAUAAUGAAGGACCUUUUGGCAAAGGCUGGCAUCGACACUUUGCGCAAGCUGACUCAUUUCAGCCGUGGUGUUUAUGACUACGCGAAGCGCUACUUGCCUGGGAAGUCACUUCACAACCCUGAUUUAUGUCCUGCAGGGGUAGAUACUGGUGAUAAGAUGACAAUAGAGGCCUUUGUCGAUCAGCUGAUAGAUUUAAAGAGCAACCACUUGGGUUCCAAGUUGGUGCGUUUAUUGAAUUUGGACCAUGUGAUCAAUUCUGAUUUGUCUAACCACGUAUCUCAGGUUAUUAACCGUGUCAUAGAGGAUGGUAUAUACCCUGCUGUUAUUUGCUGUCCAAAGACGCAACCUUUUGGUAUAUACCGGCGCCUCUUCAUGGAGAUGUUGCCUGUGAUGCCUCAUGUUGAUAACGACAUCACUGCUUUAUUUGGCCAUUCUGACAUGGCAUUGUUCCGUAGGGGUGUUGCUGUAGUUACUACUAAUACUCACCCCGACAUUGCUUCUUACGUCUACAGUAACGUGGAGCAGUUCAAGAUUGUUUUGACCUCCAGUGCUAUAUACGGUGGUAAGCACUAUGUAUACCACUUUCCUAGUUAUAAUGAAAUCAGUCCACUUUGGGCUCGGCGGCGUGCACUUUCUUUGGGCAAUACGGUUUCUGGUGCUGAGCGUGUUUCUAUAUUUGCGCUUCCGCAUACUUAUGUACUCCACUUAUUGCGCUAUAUGCUGGGUCCCUUGAUGUUGGAUUUCCAUUGGUUAUCUCCAGGUGUAUCCAUGGAUCGUUAUCGCAAAUCUUUGGGAUCCGAGCCCACGGCUACUCCGGAGUUAAUACAAAGCCUGGACAGAUCAUCCUUUAUGAGAUUCAUGGAUGAUCAUGGUCGUAAGUACACAGAAACGCCGUUGGGAACGCCUAUGGGCAAUUAUAUGGACUACAGGUCUGAAUCUCAGGUACCUAUAGCUUACCAGCGGGAAAUCGGUGUGUCCGAUCACUCGGAAUCACCCAGGCAGUUACAUCGCAGCGAGCCUGGUGUCUAUCGUGCAGCAGAUUUGAAGGUACCCAGGGCUCGUAACAUGCUGGAGCGUCAUGUACAUUUGGAAUCCAUGGAAGGUGCUCUUAGGGAGGCUGGUGUUGACAUUGAGGAAUUUUACCGCCUGGACAGGAAGAAGAAAUAUGAAGAUAAAUUCAUUGAGUACCUAAGAUCUCGUAUAUAUUCUACAUUGUUAUACAAGCAGAAGGAUGUCCACAUUGUAUACAAGACCUUAGGUUUAAGCGGUGCACGUAUCCUUGGUAUUGACGGCGCUGAAUACACGUUAGUCUGGAUGGGACGCGAUAAUAAUAUUUUCGUUCCAACAAUUACUAUAGGCAACCGCGUGAAGGAUACUAUCUCUAGAUUCUGUGAGGAUAAUAAGCAUAACGAGUUCUUUGUUAUACUCAAGGAUCAGAAUAGUUACAUAUUCACUCCUGCCAUGUUUAUAAAGGACAUUGUGUCACUUCCCAAAGCGGAUCGGUUACACCAUGAGGUGAUGCUAUGGUCCUCUAGGGGUGCUACAUCAAUACGCAUGGCGCCCGGAACGCCGGUGGGAGCAUUACCUGAUAAGUUGGACUACAUGUGUCUGGGUCCCGAUGAAAGCUCCCUUCGGAAGCUUCCUGGGACCAUUGACUCUCGCGCCAUUUUACCUCCGGACCUCUCUAAAAUGGUGGAUCGGGCUGUAGACAUGCAAAGGAAUUCAUGCUUGGCUGAGUCUGAGAUGAUGGCUAUGGCCAUUGAUAAGAUACUGGCAACUCCCAGGAUAGGUGCCAAAACCCCUCAAGAGGCUUAUAAACUGCUUAUAUCUACUCGUGAGAUGUACAGAAAUCGUGCACUUGGUGGAUUAGAGCGUUAUUUAUCUGAUCGUGAGGGUGUAAGUCGUGUUUGGGGCCGCAGGCCUGGUAGUGUGUCUCAGUCUGUAGGCUCACUUAAACUUGGUUUUGAUCCCCGUAAUACCGGGGGAACAACUUCAGUAUAAAUAUUGCCAGUUCUUUUCAGUUGUUAUAGUAUUC